AUGAAGAACAAUGGUAAAAAUCCUAUUGAUUCUUCAAUUCAUGUCAAUUCUGAUGAAGACAGAGUAUAUGUCAACUCUCAUGAAGAAAAUGUAGAUGUUAUGGAGGUUGUUACCUGGGAGGCUAGUGAAGAAUUUGAUGUUGGACUUUCUCCAUUUAAAAAUGUCCAACGAAACUGUGAAGAAAUCGGUUUGGUAGAUUAUGUAACUGAUGAUACAACAGGCUACACAUCGAACAAUGAAAUUCGGAAUGAUGAAAUUACAGCUAUUGAUCAAGCAGGACAGUGCUUAUCAAUAUCACCAGGUACUACUAAGUGGUAUACUCCAGUAGUCGAAGAAGUUAUCAAGCCCGUUAUAGGAUCUGUGUAUCCGUCAUUGGAAGUAGCAAAAUCGAUAUACCAAAAAUAUGCUAAGUCGGCUGGUUUUGAGUUUAGUUACGAUCUUCUUAAUAAUACCACGUUUAAGAAACAAUUUUUCAAGCUCGUAUGGAACAUUCACAUAUCACCUGAUGAGUUUGAGAGUAGAUGGAUGGUUCUUAUCSAGGAGUUCUCCCUUCAAGAUCAUCCAUGGUUGAAAGAUAUGUUUGCUCUAAGAUCUCAGUGGAUACCCGCGUAUUUUAAAGAGCUUCCAAUGUGUUGCCUUAUGAAGACAACAUCCAGGUCAGAAAGUGCGAACUCAUUCUUUAACUCUUUUUCAAAAAGUGGAAACAAUCUUUUUCAGUUUAUGUUGGRGUUUGAAUUUGCGUUGGAGAAACAACGUCGGGAGCAACGUCGUCUUGAUUAUCACACGAGAACUACCUUACCUAAUUGGUUGACCUAUAGCCAGCUGAAGAGGCACGCCUGUGAGAUUUACACGCGUUCUGUAUUUUUUGAGGUGCAAACCGAGAUACACAGGGCUGCGUGGACAUGUUCAAUUAAAAGUGUCAAUUCAAAUGAGGAAGCAGAAACAUAUAUAAUUGAACAUUUAGACAAAAGAGAURAGAAAAUAGCAGAGUAUAAGGUUGUUCGGAACUUGAAGGAUUCUACCGUUUUUUGUAGUUGCAACCACAUUGGUCGUCAUGGUUAUUUAUGCAGACAUGUGUUCAAAGUUUUGCUAAACGCCGGUGUUGAUACUAUACCUGAAGAAUACAUUUUGAGAAGAUGGAGACGUGACCUUAUACCUAUUGAACUUCAAAACAGMCGUCAAAGAAUAUGCGACGUAGGGGAGGAUCAACGGAGAAUAAUUAAYGAUACAUAUGAAAUCGUCGAUGAUGUGUUGGAUAUAUUAARARAUGACAAWGAAAAACUAGAAUCAUUUGUGGCUAMACUCARAGAAAUGAGAGAURAUGUAGCMAAAGAUCGCACAUAUGAACCUUCRAUGAAACGUAAAGAGCGUGRAAUAGAACAAAUUCUUGGUUUUACAAGACCURAUAACAUUGAGAUACAUYCUGCUACCGGUAUAAGAAACAAAGGWUGUGGUACGUCAAAAAGAUUGAUUGGUGCAGCUGAGAAAGCAACAKUGAAGAGUAGCAGGCCUAAGAGGAUGUGUAGGGGAUGCAAUAUGAUGUCUAAUCAUGAUAUCCGUAACUGUCCAAAUAAGACAAAGUAG